AUGGCACUCAAUCUCCGCCAGAAGCAAACAGAAUGCAUAAUCAGGAUGUUGAAUCUGAACCAACCCGUGAAUUCUACGGGCACGGCCAAUGAAGAAGUGUACAAGAUCUUGAUCUACGACAAGUUCUGCCAAAACAUCCUCUCCCCAUUGAUCCACGUCAAGGAUCUGCGCAAGCACGGCGUGACCCUCUACUUCCUCAUUGAUAAAGAUCGAAAGCCGGUUCACGAUGUACCCGCUGUGUACUUCGUCCAGCCGAGCCAACCCAACAUCCACCGCAUCAUCACCGACGCCUCUCGUGGCCUCUACGACAGCCUGCACUUGAACUUCUCGUCCUCCAUCCCCAGACCCCUCCUGGAGGAUCUCGCCUCGGGAACCCUAGGAUCGGAUUCGAUAAACAGGAUUGCAAAGGUUCAUGAUCAGUACUUGGAGUUUGUGACAUUGGAGGAUAGCUUGUUCUCUUUAGCACAGAAGUCUACUUAUGUCCAGUUGAAUGAUCCUUCGGCUGGGGAUAAGGAGAUUGAGGAGAUCGUGGAGAAGAUCGUGAGUGGCUUGUUCUGUGUGCUGGCCACCCUGGCUGUUGUCCCGGUGAUUAGAUGCCCACGUGGAGGGCCAGCUGAGAUGGUAGCCUCAGCGUUGGAUCAGAAGCUGAGGGAUCACUUGCUGGCUAAGAAUAACUUGUUCUCUGAGGGUGGCAACUUCAUGAGCUCGUUUCAAAGGCCCAUUCUUUGCUUGUUCGAUAGGAAUUUCGAGCUGGCGGUUGGGAUUCAACACGAUUUCAGGUACUGUCCACUUGUUCAUGAUGUGCUGGGGCUGAAGCUCAACAGGCUGACUGUGCAAGGAGAGAAGGGCGGGAUGAGAUCGUAUGAAUUGGACAGUUCAGAUCCAUUCUGGCUUACAAAUGGAUCUCUCGCGUUCCCUGAUGUCGCGGGGGAAAUUGAGACCCAGCUGAACAAGUACAAGAAAGAUGUCGAUGAGGUGAAUCGAAGGACAGGUGGUGCUGAUGGACAGCCGGAGUUUGAAGGAACCGACUUGAUUGGUAACACAAAGCAUCUGAUGAAUGCAGUCAAUUCACUGCCCGAGCUGACUGAACGAAAGCAGGUGAUUGAUAAGCACACCAACAUUGCAACAGUUUUGCUAGGUGAGAUCAAGGAGAGGUCUUUGGACUCCUAUGCUAACAAGGAGAAUGACAUGAUGAUCAAAGGAGGGAUUGAUAGAAGUGAGCUAACGUCGGUUCUCAAAGGGAAAGGAAGCAAGAUGGACAAACUGAGGUUUGCAAUCAUCUACCUCAUAUCUUCAGAGACCAUCAACCCACAAGAGGCGGAGCUAGUCGAAUCAGCUCUCAAGGAGUCAGAAGUCGACACCUGUGCAUUCCAGUAUGUGAAAAAGAUCAAGUCUUUGAACGUCCAGCUUGCAUCAGCAAAUUCCGCAAGCAGAAGUAACAUUGUGGAUUGGGCAGAGAAGCUGUACGGUCAGUCAUUGAGCGCUGUCACUGCUGGCGUGAAGAACUUGCUGUCGGGCGGCAGACAACUGGCUUUGACUAGGACAGUGGAGGCCUUGAUGGAAGGUAAACCGAAUCCUGAGAUUGAUAACUAUCUCGUGCUUGAUCCGAGGGCCCCCAAGUCGAGCUCCGGGGCAGGGGGAUUGAAAGGCCCGUUCAAGGAAGCGAUUGUGUUCAUGGUUGGUGGAGGGAAUUAUGUCGAGUAUGAAGGUUUGCAGGAGCUUGCUCAAAGGCAGCAGCCCGUGAAGCAUAUUGUAUAUGGGACGACGGAGAUUCUGACCGGUGCAGAGUUUGUGGAUCAGUUGACUCUGUUGGGGCAAAAGAUGGGAUUGGGGGUUAGUAGUGCUAACCCACCUGCGCCUGCUCAGUAG